AUGAUAGUGUUCCACUGUGCUGUCAUCACUCUCUCCUCCUACAUCCCCCCCACCCCCAUCUAUGUCCCCUCCACCUUCCCCACCCAUGUCUCCCCCAACACCCCCACCAAUGUCUCCUCCACCUCCCCCACCCAUGUCUCCCCCAACACCCCCACCUAUACCAGUCGUGAUGUCCAGCAACGGUCCAAGUUACGCAAUCUGAACUGGGAUCUCAUUCUGAAGGAGAAGGUAGAGGGCCGUCAUAGUGUCUGGACCAGUCCAGAUGAGUUCCACGUAGACCUGAGCUCGUUGGAUGAGCUAUUUGGACAACAGAAGAGCUCUCCCCCCAAGAGGGACGUCAAUUUACGGCAUGGUCUCAGACCCAUUGGCUCCCCUCCACGCAAUGUACCUGAAAAGGCAUCACUUCUGGGCGGGAAGCACAGUAUGAACGUAGGGAUUUUCCUCCAGCAAUUCAAGAGUGCAGUGAGGGAGACAGUGGAGGACAUCAGACAGGGGGCUGGGCAGCAUUAUGGGAGUGACAUGCUCAGUGAACUGUGCAAAUUGCUGCCUGAGACUGAGGAGGAGAGACGUCUCAGGGCGUUCCCGGGUGAGCAUAGCCAUUUUGAAGACACUGACCUCUUCAUGCUCCUACUAGUGGAGGUGCCCAGUUAUCGCUUGUGUCUGGACACCAUGAUCCUGCAGCAGGAGUUUGACCCAGCCUUAUCUUCACUGUGUGUUUCAGCUUGCUGCAUGGUGUCUGCAGCCACAGAGCUUUUGAGCUGCCCAGAGUUGCACUCCAUCCUACGGCUGGUCCUGAGGGCAGGAAACUACAUGAAUGCCGGAGGUUACACAGGCAAUGCUGCUGGGUUCCGCAUCGCCUCUCUACUCAAACUCGCUGACACCAAAGCCAACAAACCAGACAUGAACCUGCUGCAUUAUGUGGCCAUGGGGGAUCUGUCUCAGCUGCACAGCAGACUAACUGCACUAGAGAUGAGAAUUCAGACUGAACUUGCUCUCCAACAGCAAAUCAAAUCCUUCCUCCGGGCCCAACAGGACCUGGUAGACUUCUUCUGUGAGGACGAUGUCACGUUCAAGCUGGAGGAGGCCUGCAGCAUCUUUUACUCCUUCAACGUUCGCUUUCAGAAAGCUGUAGAAGAGAAUGCAAAGAGGGAGCUUCAGGAACAGAAGCGAGCAGAGAGGGAGAGGAUGGAGAGGGACCGGGACAGGACAGUGAGACGUCACUCCAUAGCCACCUAUUCAUCACUGGAGGAAGACCUGGAGAGAACCCUGGAGAGUAUGCCAGCCCAGCCUGCCCAGGAGACCACCCCUCCGGUGGACAGCCCACAGUCGCCUCUGGAGAGUGCCCAUCUGCAGGGCAGUCUACCAGAAGUGCCUGCCCCAGAGAAACAGCAUGACACAGCCUCUGCCCAACCCACCACCAUGGGACAGUCACAGAAGCCUGGGGAAUGGGAGCGUCUGUAUCCAUUCAUGGGAGACACAGUAGUGUGUCACACUCUUGUGACUGGCCUACACUCCUAUAAGAACCUGACCCCAACACAGCCCCAGAAGGAGCCAACGAAAGGAUCCCACUGCUGCUUACGGUUGAGGGACAAGCAGGAGCAGGACAGAGCGGCAUCACCCCAGGUCCACAGAGUGGCAGCACCCCAGGUCCAGGGGGAUAAUGUGCGAGACAAAAAGGUGUGCACACCAGCUUCUAGGCUGCAGAGAAAAACUCUGCCCAGGAGCAGGGCUUCCAGACCCUCUGCCAGCCCCACUUACACCCUUUCCUCUACUGCCUCUGCCAUCCCCACUUCCACAGCCUCUGCCAUCCCAAAAAUGCAGGGCAGGUCAGAAGCAGCCUCCACAUGGUCCUCACUUCUCCCUCUCAGGAACUCAAUGCGUUCCCCAACUCCAUCCACCUUCAGAGAUCAUACUGAGAGCUCUGUGACCACUAGUGCCAAGGCCAUAUGCUGUGCUGUCAUUGCUGCUGCGGCUGUGAAUAAGGACAGGAGCAGCCAGUCCACAGUACCAAAGACCCAAGUUACAAAGCUGCCUGGCCCCAGGUCGAAGCUCCCAACUCCCCUAUCCAUGUGGAAGUGA